AGACCGGCCUCAACCUGCAACUCCCCGUCCCCCCCUGCAACUCUUGCUCUCCUAGGAAAGCCACAGCAAACCCAGCCAGCAGCGGCUUGACCGGUAACUUCCCACCGCCCGCCUCGGCUUUCUCCCUUCCCCUCCUGCUCACACGCCACACGCAGGCAGGCUCGCCCUUCCACGGUUCCCCGGUCACGCACCCACACCACCAAAUUGGAAGUGAAGUUACUCCGCUACCAGCCUAGCCUAGCCACAGCACAUCACAGCAGUGGUGGGAGAGAGGGAGGGAGAGACCAAGGAGAGGAGACCAGAGCGAGAGGGAAAGGAAGGGGCAGCACAGAGGCAGAGAUGGAUGGAGACUUGUUGCAGCGCAGCCCACGGCAAAGCUCCAAAUUACAACAAGGAGCCCAACCACCACUUAUACGCCACCACCACCACCAUCACCAUUACGCCCAGCGGCCCAACCUUUCCCCACUCCUUCCCGAUCUCCUCCUCCCCCAAACCCUAACCCCUCCGCUUCCUCCCCUCCCCGGAUCCGCGCAUGGCCGUGCUGCCGGAGCCGACCCGCGGCUGACGACGGGGCGUGGGCGUCAUGGAGGCCCUGCCGGAGGAGCUCCGCUGCAAGCGCUCCGACGGCAAGCAGUGGCGCUGCAGCGCGCCCUCCAUGCCCGACAAGACCGUCUGCGAGAAGCACUACGUCCAGGCCAAGAAGCGCGCCGCCUCCUCCGCUCUACGCGCCACGCUCCGCAGGUCCUCCGGCGGCGGCGGCGGCUCCUCCUCCUACACCGCCGCCGCCGCCUCCGCGCGCCACGGCGGCGGCACCGACUCCGAUGCUGACGCGGACGCGGACCCGCCUGUGCCGAUGGCGGUGGCGAGGCCGCUCUACGGCAGGGUCGUCGGGGAGCCUGUCUACGUGGCGGAGCCGGCGGUGCCGAGGGCUGUGUACGGCCUGCCUCUCGCCAAUGCUACCGCCGCUCGCACCAGUACCAUCACGGAGCUGGUCAGGAGACGCUCAGUAGGUCUGCAAGCUUGCAGCGGCGCAGCUGGGACGACGAGUUGUCACCAAUGCCGGAGGGUUGGGAACGCCGUUUGGUGUGCCAGCUGUGACAGGAGGGGUUACUGCACCGACUGCAUCUCAAGAUGGUACUCUGACAUUCCAAUAGAUGAUGUUCAAAAAGUUUGUCCAGCUUGUCGAGGCAUUUGUAACUGCAAAGUUUGCUUACAAGGUGACAACUUAAUUAAGGCAAGGGUGCAAGAGAUAUCUGUUGAAGACAAGUUAAGAUAUCUUCAUAGCAUUUUGGCAUAUGUUCUUCCAGUGCUACAGCAGAUUUAUUCGGACCAAUGCUUUGAAAUAGGUGUUGAAACAAGAGUUCAUGGACCCAAGAUGGAUAUCCUCAGAGCAAAGAUAAAUUCUGAUGAGCAAAUGUGCUGCGACUUCUGCAAAGUGCCAGUGUUUGAUUAUCACCGACACUGUCCAAGAUGUUUAUACGAUUUGUGCCUUGACUGUUGUCGAGACAUAAGGCGAUCUCACACAAAUGUUGUCAGAGGAGAAUAUGCUGAAAGUAAAGGUCAUCUGUCAGAUACAAAUAAAGAUAUUUUGAGUAAAAGAACAAGAUUGGAACCAUUUGCAGCAAGUGUGAAUGAUGAUUUGUCUCCACAGCAAAUAGAUGUGAAUGAUAUUGGUAUUAGAUCUUUAUUCCCUACGUGGAGGACCAACAAUGAUGGCAGCAUCACUUGCGGGCCUCAUGAGGCUGGUGGUUGUGGCUCCUCGAAGUUGGUUUUAAGGCGGAUAUUCAAAAUAAACUGGAUUGGCAAACUUGUAAAGAGUUCUCAAGAAAUGGUGAUUGGUUGCAAAGCACAUGAUUUGGAUAAUGGAUGCUCAUCCUGUAAGGCUGGCAGAAGACUGAACUUAACUGGUCAUCAUAACUUUGGUCUCUCAAAAUGUUCAAAUAGUGGUGGUACUGAUGGGAAUGGUGUGUACUCCCCUGUACUGGAAAGUUUAAAAUAUGAAGGUAUUGCUCAUUUUCGUAAACACUGGAUAAAUGGGGAACCUGUAAUUAUCAGGAAUGCAUUUGAGCCUUCUUUAUCAACAAGCUGGGACCCAUUAAGUAUCUGGCGAGGAGUCCAGGAGAUCAUGGAUGAAAAAAUGGAUGAAGAGGUCAUAGUGAAAGCUGUGGACUGCUCAAACCAAUCAGAGGUGCAGAUCAAGCUCAACCAGUUUAUCAAAGGUUAUUCAGAUGGUCACAAGAGAGAAGAUGGCAAGUUGGCGAUGCUGAAAUUGAAAGAGUGGCCCCCAGCGAGUGUACUAGAGGAGUUUCUGUUAUGCCAGCGACCAGAAUUUAUCAUCAAUUUUCCGUUAGUUGAUUUUAUUCACUCUAAGUGGGGUUUCCUUAAUCUGGCUGCUAAGUUACCCCCAGAUGCCCUACAGUCUGAAGUAGGACUGAAGCUGCUUAUUGCAUAUGGAAGACAGCAAGAACUUGGUAAAGGUGAUUCAGUAACAAAUCUGAUGAUUAAGAUGGGUGAUGCGGUACAUAUGUUAAUGCAUACAGCUGAAGUGCUUACGCUAUGUCCCAAGAGACUGCAACCUGAGCGAUCUGAAAGGAUUGCUAAUGGCAUGACAGUGCACGUAAAUGCUGACGCACCUGUGCAAAACUUGAAUCUGGAUAUGGGGGAAAGAUCGCCUGAACACACACGCACCAAGUCUUAUGAAACAUGGCACUCUCCAUCACUGAGACUACAAGAUAAGGUUUUAGGUGCUACAGUUUAUGGUGGUUCUGACGGCACUUCCGCUGAAUUAUCAAGUCUAUCGCAUUCGGAGAAACUGACUAAUGGUUCAGAAAGACCUCAGGCUGGUGCUCUUUGGGAUGUUUUCCGUAGGCAGGAUCUACCUUCGUUGAAUAAAUAUUUAGCUGCUAACUGGGAAGAACUUGCACUCAGCAGUCAGGCAGUGCUCUCUGUUAAGCAUCCUAUUUAUGAUCAAGCUGUAUAUCUCAAUGAAUAUCAUAAAAGGGCACUAAAGGAUCAAUAUGGAAUUGAACCUUGGACAUUUCAACAACAUAUUGGUGAGGCUGUUUUUAUUCCGGCUGGCUGCCCUUUCCAAAUGAAAAAUCUCCAGUCUACGGUUCAAUUGGCUCUUGAUUUUUUGUCACCUGAGAGUUUACGGGAGUCGGCUCGUAUGGCCCAGGAGAUACGCUGCCUGCCAAAUCAUCAUGAUGCAAAACUGAAGAUGCUAGAGGUGGGAAAGAUCUCUUUAUAUGCAGCAAGUUCUGCUGUCAGAGAAAUUCAGAAAAUAACCCUCGAUCCCAAGUUUAAUCUAGAUGUCAGGUUCGAGGAUCGGAACCUAACCCAGGCAGUUUCAGAGAACUUGGCUAGAGUUACUAAACAACGUAAGGUAUCUCGCCGUUGAGUCUACAAGCCUUUUGGAGAAAACUAGGCCGCAGGAUUGGACAUUGAAAUCCAUGCGAAGUAGAUAUAGCGAAUUGUACAUGUAUUAUAUGGUGUCAUAUGAAAGGAACACAUCGGCGCAUCUAAUUCUUGUCAGAUAGCAUUGACCUCACUUGUAUAUUGUCGGUUAGGACUAGCGGCUGAGCUCAUGUAAGCAAAAUAAUAUGUCGACCAGUUGAAGUACUAGGGCGAGGUUGCUCAUCAGCCAUUUCCAAGAGAACUUCCGGACUUUACUGUUUAUAUAUAGGGAAUUGGAAUUUCGCUUGAAUAAUGUUAAAGUGCAAUUACUAAAAAAAAAUUCAUGUUCCGUUA